UGAAAGUAUACACUUCCACGGGGAUGUGAUAGAGAUGAAUGUACGUGUUAUUAAGUUUGUCGGUGAGUCAAACCCAAAACAAAACACAGACAGAAAAAAAUCCCGUUUCUGACGUCACUGGAAAUCCCCCACAUCUGUUGUUUGCACAAAAACCCGUGAAUACAACAUUUUAAAUCCACACAUACGCUUUAAAUAUGAACGUUCAAGCCUUUGUAAUGUAUAUUUGGCACACAAAUGAGUACGUUUUUUCAAAUAAGUUAAAAUUGAAUGUUAAACUACGGAACAUAAAAAACAUUUAAUCUGCUGUGGUGACAGUUGUUGUUUUUAUUUUAUUAUUAUGGCGUUAAAGUGCUGAGUUGCAGCGUUAUCCUGACCUCCGCUCUCUCUGCUGUGUCAUUAGUACCCGCCCUGCUAGACAUAUUAACUCCGCAUGAGUGUGCGUUAGGUUUCGAUUUUGAUCCGGGGGUGUUUUUUGUCCUCCGUUGCCCAGGUUUCCUCUUCCUCCUGCCCGCAGAGAGUCGCUGCUCCUGCCCCGCUGCUUCUCCAGCUCCCGCUGUUGUUGAUCUUCUUCUUAUUAUUAAUAUUAUUAUUAUCAUUCUUGGUCAAAAUGCUCGAGCUUGUUGUUGUUGUUUUGUGAAAGAGGAACACCUGAGGAGAGCUGCGUCGCCAGCUGCGGAAACUUCGCACGCGAUUUCAAUAUGUCCAACUCCUCUCCGAUGAUCUAAAGAACAGGGGAUGGACGGUGAAAGAAGUGAUAGAGGAGGAGGAGAUGAUGAACCACCUGAGGUGGAGGAUGAGUUUGCGUGUGCCGGGAUACUGCGUGGAUCUCUGACGUCCCUGCACGACUCCGUGGAGCGAAUAUUCCGGGUGACGUUUGGGAUCGGGGCCGAUGAUUUGCCGCAUGGCAACAAUGGGCAGAUUUGGCUCAAACUGCGUGGCUCGAGCAAUGACGUCAAAGCAGCCAAAUUGUUUGUGAAGGGAGUUGUGAACCAGGAAGAGCAGCAGGAGGUUUCCUACCCCGGGGUCCUUCACUGUGUCUUCUGUGGAGCUAGAGGGCUGUUCAUGGACUCCCUGAUUAAGACCACGUCAGCACAUAUUAUGGUUGGCUCUUCUGGAUUCUUGCUCAUAUCAGGUCUGGUCGAGCCCGUGGUGCGAGCCUACUCCCUAAUUUCAGAGCUGGUGGAGCGACACGCAACAGGGGACAGAGGCUCAGGUGAGACCCUGGAGUCACGCCGGGCCUUCAAAUCCCUGGUUGAGAAGUGGGAGGACAGGCACAUACUGGAUCUUCUGUUGCUUCCAGGAUCAGUGAUGGAAAUCCUGUUGGAUUUGGUUAAAGAAUCAGGACUUGGAUCAAGCCCAAGCCUGGUGAAGACAGAGGGAAAUGUCAGGGUGCGUGAUGGAUCGGAGGAGAUUCGGGACAAACCCUCCACCAUUAAACACACAGACCCUGAGCCUUCCAGCACUGUUGGUUUGUUUGAAGGGAUGACUGCAGGUUCAGGAAAAGACGCAGCAUCCAUGGACUCUGUCCAGUCUUUAUCUGCAUCAUAUGGUGCCCGAGGAAGGGCGGAGGGUACUGAGGAGAGACUAAUGCAUUCUCCAGAGGAGGUAGGAGAAGAGGGGCACCCUGCACAGAAGGACGUAUUAGGCACCAAAGAGGAGGAGGGGGACGAAGAAGAGCGUCAAUCAUCAACUGGAUACAAAGAGUUCUGGCUUCUUUUAAAGUUCUUCACAGCCAUGGGCUACACAGAGGACGUCGUGAAACGAGUGCUCGCCCAAACGGGACCAAGGGAGGCCUCACAGAUACUGGACUUGGUUCAACAGGAGCAGGAUCGCAGCGACAAGAAGCAAAUGCUUCAAGGAGGCCAUCAUCCAAAACAUAAUACCCAAAACGUGAGUGAGAAAAACCGACCGUGUGAGAACAGGGAGGAUGAAGUUGCAACAGCAGCAGGUCAAGAUUCGGUGAUGAGCAGCAAUGGAGAAGUUCAUGAACGAAAAGAAGGAGGAGCCAUAGCAUGCAUUGGACGCUCUGAGGGAGGUAGUUUGGAGGAAAAGGAUGAAGGACAUGAGGAAGACUUUGUCCUUGGAGUGUUAAAAAAAGCUGCAGCCAGCUGUGGGUACACCGAACAGGAAGUAGCUAAAGUCUACAAAAUGUUGCCUGACAGAUCCACUCACCAGCUUCUCCUGGAGCUUCAGAGAGAGGGAAGCAGUAAGAUGGAUGUAUUUAGGGAGGGUCCCAGAGAGAUAGACGAUGUGGUCCUGGAGAAAAAUGGACCAAUAGUUGUUCCAGCAGGGUACAGAGAAAAGAGUAAACCUGAUGAUGAGGGAUGGGUGGAAGUUCCAAUCGUGACUGCACCCAUCACAGAACUAGACUUGUUUCCGUGGAUUGUUAAACCCCAACAACCUCCCGUCCAUCAAACUACUUUGCAGCCAAAGCAACACUGGCCUUCAGAGACUCAAACCCAGCACCCCAUCGUUCCUCCUGAGGUGAAAGGGCCACCGAUGGCCACUUACCCCUCAACCCUAGAUCCCCCACUCACCAAGAUCCAAACGAACACUGACCAAAACAUCUUCUGGCCUGAUCCAGCCACAUCAAAACACAACCAUUCCACUCAUGACAACAUCAUGCAUCCAAAGCCUUCCAACGCUGUAAACCAAGGAGGGAAAGGCCCGGGCUUCACCAGGAACAGUUCGUCUCCGACCAGAGCGAGGGAGAGACAGGGUUUCAUGCCUGCGUCUUCAGUGGUAGUGACAGGGGAGCAACGUUUCCUGGAGGGACUGCUGACUCCCUUUGACCUCCAGCUCACAGACAAACCCGGAGUCCCAAAACUGAGGACGAUCAUCAUUGAUGGGAGCAACGUGGCCAUGAGUCACGGGCUGGGUCACUUCUUCUCCUGUCGAGGCAUCGCUCUGGCCGUGCAGCAUUUCUGGGACCGAGGUCAUCGUGACAUCAGCGUCCUGCUGCCACAGUGGAGACAGAAGAGCGACCCCAAAAUCAAAGAGCAGCACUACCUGACGGAGCUUCAGACGAUUGGUCUGCUCUCCUACACUCCCUCCAGAGAAGUGCAAGGCAAGAGGAUCAGCUCGUACGACGACAGGUUUAUGCUGCAGCUCGCUCAAAAGACAGGCGGAGUGAUCGUAACCAACGACAACCUGAGGGACCUUUCGGACGAGUCGACACUGUGGAGGGACAUCAUCAAAAAGAGACUUCUUCAGUACACGUUUGUUGGCAAUCACUUCAUGGUGCCCGACGACCCUCUGGGACGAGGAGGCCCUCACCUGGACGACUUUCUACGCUCAGAACACGGGAGUCCUGACCCAGGGAACCACUCGUUUGCCGGCGUAGCCACCUCGUUCCCGUCCUCCAAACCUCCCCGCUCCAUGACGGAGGGGUUGAACUUUCGCGACCGCACACCGGGUAGCGGUGCGGCGGGCAGAGGUGGCCGGGGGACAGGGAGAGGACAGGGGAAGGCGGCGCGGAGGUGGACUCAGGAGUCCAGGAGUCCUGAGGAGACGCUGAGUCUCAGAGAGCAGCUGUGUCUGGUCUUCCCGGGACAGGACAACGAAGUGACGCUGGUGCUACAGUGUCACCCAGCGGAGACGGACAUCAACGUCCUGUCGGACCAGAUCCUGGAGCUGCAGAAGGUUUAGGGACCUUUUGUCCCUGCAUACGUUUCUUAACCGGGUCUUCUGAUUUUACUGUUAAACUGUGAUGUGCUGCUGAGGUGAGGUCACAGGUAGAGCUGCAACUACACACUGUACAGUAUAUAAAAAGUGGACAUAGUCAGAGUCAGUCUCAUACUCUUAUGCCCCUCCUCCUCCAGACUCCACCCCCUCCUAUGUGCAGACAUAACCCUCAUACAGCAACAACACGGACACGGACGCUAGUUCUCUGUGACAACACAAGAAAAAGCCACCUAACAAAGGUGUCACCUAAUAAAAUCUAUGUCAGCUUAAGUCUGCAAUAUCUAAAGAACAUGUUCACUGCUUUGUCUCAUUCUUUGACAGUCUUUUCUGACUGGGAAUGUACGUUUUUUAAAUGGCGCGUUCUUCCACACCAAAGUCCAUCGAGAAAAUCUGUGAUUUAAGCUCAUGU